CGAAUGCCCACUACUUUUGGGCACUGUAAAAUGGGUUUAAGACACGGGCCAGCAGGACAAUGUGAACGGCGAAAGGAAGGGAGUGGCCGGUAGGUGGCGCUAACUGGCCCGGGCAUGAGUCCCGCCGUAGCCGCGUCCUCUUGCAGGGGAAGAAAGUUGGGACCUCCAGCCUGGGCAAGAGUGUGAGAAGGCAGCUGGACGUCCUCGGCAAGCGCGUGAGAAGGGAGCUGGAGGUCCUAGGCAAGCGCGUGAGAAGGGGAAGAGGAGGCGGCGUCCUCUCCAGCUGGGCUUAGAAUACUCUUAGUUCUGCCUUUGGGGUCUUGUCUUCCUUUCUGGGCCUCCUGCCUGUGUUAACUUUGAUGGGUGCUGAAGGGAAGGCCGGGGCCCCGGCAGGAGAAACCGGGGAACGUCGCGGCCGUGCAGGCUCCCCUGGCGGGUUGGAGCCAGGGUUCUGACUGCCAACUGUGGUCCUUCCCGCUGCGGCUUAGCUGCCAGGGCGAGGGCGGUCAGCGCAAACCUGGCUGAGGACAUUUCGGAUUCUUCCUUGGGGAUUCGUUCCCUUCUCCUUGACUCCGGUGCCGCGAGGGCGACACCCUGCGGGCCGCGCGUGGCCACCCCAGGCGCUUCCCCACGCGGAUAAACUCACCUCCUGGGCGCCUUCCCCCCGGUGCCCCGCCCCGCCCCUCCCGCUCGCCAAUUGGAGGCUGCAGCUCAGCCCCCUGACAACCUGAGCCAAUCAGAGGCGCCAGGGAGGGGCGGAUCCACUGUCCCCUCCUUCCCCCGGAAAGAGGAAGCGGAAGUGACGUUAGGGGAAGGUGGGGGCAAUCAUGGUGCCGCUGGGGAGGGGAGAAGCUGCUGCUGCCGCCGUUGCCGGGAGCCGCGGAGACAAGUCGUUACGUUUUCAUUUCUCACAAUUGGGCUGAGCACAACUGAACCAUGGGGGAACACAGUCCAGACAACAACAUCAUCUACUUUGAGGCAGAGGAAGAUGAGCUGACCCCCGAUGAUAAAAUGCUCAGGUUUGUGGAUAAAAACGGACUGGUGCCUUCCUCAUCUGGAACUGUUUAUGAUAGGACCACUGUUCUUAUUGAGCAGGACCCUGGCACUUUGGAGGAUGAAGAUGACGAUGGACAGUGCGGAGAACACUUGCCUUUUCUAGUAGGGGGUGAAGAGGGCUUUCACCUGAUAGAUCAUGAAGCAAUGUCCCAGGGUUAUGUGCAGCACAUUAUCUCACCAGAUCAGAUUCAUUUGACAAUAAACCCUGGUUCCACACCCAUGCCAAGAAAUAUUGAAGGUGCAACCCUCACUCUGCAGUCGGAAUGUCCGGAAACAAAACGUAAAGAAGUAAAGCGGUACCAAUGUACCUUUGAGGGCUGUCCCCGCACCUACAGCACAGCAGGCAACCUGCGAACCCACCAGAAGACUCACCGAGGAGAGUACACCUUUGUCUGUAAUCAGGAGGGCUGUGGCAAAGCCUUCCUUACCUCUUACAGCCUCAGGAUCCACGUGCGAGUGCACACGAAGGAGAAGCCAUUUGAGUGUGAUGUGCAGGGCUGUGAGAAGGCAUUCAACACACUGUACAGGCUGAAAGCACAUCAGAGGCUUCACACAGGGAAAACAUUUAACUGUGAAUCUGAAGGCUGCAGCAAAUACUUCACCACACUCAGUGAUCUGAGGAAGCACAUUCGAACCCAUACAGGGGAAAAGCCAUUUCGGUGCGAUCACGAUGGCUGUGGAAAAGCAUUUGCAGCAAGCCACCACCUUAAAACUCACGUUCGUACACAUACUGGUGAAAGACCCUUCUUCUGCCCCAGUAAUGGCUGUGAGAAAACAUUCAGCACUCAAUACAGUCUCAAAAGUCACAUGAAAGGUCAUGAUAACAAAGGACACUCAUACAGUGCACUUCCACAACACAAUGGAUCAGAGGAUACAAAUCACUCACUUUGUCUAAGUGACUUGAGCCUUCUGUCCACAGAUUCUGAAUUGCGAGAAAAUUCCAGUACGACCCAGGGCCAGGACCUCAGCACAAUUUCACCAGCAAUCAUCUUUGAAUCAAUGUUCCAGAAUUCAGAUGAUACGGCAAUUCAGGAAGAUCCUCAACAGACAGCUUCCUUGAUUGAAAGUUUUAAUGGUGAUGCAGAGUCAGUCAGUGAUGUUCCGCCAUCCACAGGAAAUUCAGCAUCUUUAUCUCUUCCACUUGUACUGCAGCCUGGCCUCUCCGAGCCACCCCAGCCUCUACUACCUGCCUCAGCUCCGUCUGCUUCUCCGCCUGCUCCCUCCCUAGGACCUGGCUCCCAGCAAGCUGCAUUUGGCAACCCCCCUGCUCUCUUACAAUCUCCAGAAGUGCCUGUUCCCCACAGCACACAGUUUGCUGCUAAUCAUCAAGAGUUUCUUCCGCACCCCCAGGCACCGCAGCCCAUCGUACCAGGACUUUCUGUUGUUGCUGGGGCUUCUGCAUCAGCAGCGGCAGUGGCAUCAGCUGUGGCAGCACCAGCCCCACCACAAAGUACUACUGAGCCCCUGCCAGCCAUGGUCCAGACUCUGCCCCUGGGUGCCAACUCUGUCCUAACUAAUAAUCCCACAAUAACCAUCACCCCAACUCCCAACACAGCUAUCCUGCAAUCCAGCCUAGUCAUGGGAGAACAGAACUUACAAUGGAUAUUAAAUGGUGCCACCAGUUCUCCACAAAACCAAGAACAAAUUCAGCAAGCAUCUAAAGUUGAGAAGGUGUUUUUUACCACUGCAGUACCAGUAGCCAGUAGCCCAGGGAGCUCUGUCCAGCAGAUUGGCCUCAGUGUUCCUGUGAUCAUCAUCAAACAAGAAGAGGCAUGUCAGUGUCAGUGUGCAUGCCGGGACUCUGCAAAGGAGCGGGCAUCCAGCAGGAGAAAGGGCUGCUCCUCCCCACCCCCUCCAGAGCCGAGCCCCCAGGCUCCUGAUGGGCCCAGCCUCCAGCUCCCAGCGCAGACUUUCUCUUCAGCCCCUGUUCCUGGGUCAUCAUCCUCUACCAUGCCCUCCUGUGAGCAAAGCCGACAAGCAGAGACUCCUUCAGACCCUCAGACAGAAACGUUAAGUGCCAUGGAUGUGUCAGAGUUUCUAUCCCUCCAGAGCCUGGACACCCCGUCCAAUCUGAUUCCCAUUGAAGCACUACUGCAGGGGGAGGAGGAGAUGGGCCUCACCAGCAGCUUCUCCAAGUGAAGGGCCCGUGUGUGCUCACCUCCGGGAAAAGUGGGUGAGCAGGAGGCAUGAGGUACAAUGCCUGCCAUCAUGAGUCAGAAAUUUGAAGGAUGAAGAAAUCUACUGUUUGAAAUCCUCACCUUUCAGACGUAUUUUCUUUAUUCACAUCCCAGGAGCAUCCAUUUUAAGGAACUAAUCUUUGGAAAAAAACAAAAAACAAAAAACAACAAAAAAAGCUAAGUUAUAAGUGAACUGUUUGGCUGCACUGUAUGUCACUUUUGCUUGUUGUCAUGUGAACUUGGAAACUAAGGUUACUCGUGUGCAUAAAAAUUCUAAAUGAAAGGGUGUGGUUUCCAUCAAUCUGAUGCUGCCCAUCGCUUGCACUGGGGUCUUUGUGGUUUGGGCAGGAGAGUUCAGUGUGUUGGGUGUUGCUCCUUCUGUGUGUCUUGAAUCUGAGGCUGACAUUUGCUUGGAAGGCCAGACCCUUGCUCCAUCAGAGAGGGCAGUGGCAAAGGCCAGUGAGGCAGCUGUGAGUUGGACAGGGUUCAGGUGAGAUGGUGUUGUCAUUUGUGCUUAGUGUUGGUGGUGCUCAGGGUGGAUAACACGGGUCGUUCUGCAGCCCGCUUCAGCACAAAUAGGCAGCUUAAGGCCUGGCUCACAGGCUGUGGGGUUGAUCUGGCUCUGCAGAGGCCCUAGGCAGCUUGUUGACUGCUGUCUGUCGAUGACGUGUGUGCAAAGCAGGCUCUAGCAACAUGAUCACUGUCUUUGCCUUCCUGGUUCUUUCUCUCAGUUGGUUGCCAGGGCUUGCAGAUCGCAGUGAAUUUUCCUUGGGGAACGUCGCUGUUUUGUCCUAGAGUGAACUUGUGGCUUAUGGCCAGUUGCUGUUUGGUGGUCUGCCUUCUUUUUAAUGGUAUUUUCUUCCUCAGAGCAGAAGGGCUGCAUUUUGCUUAUCAGAAGAAGGUGUAGAUUUAAGGGAAUUAGUAUGAGGUGGCAUGUAAUUGGCAGGCCAGGUGUCCUGGUUCCAGGUUCCAGCCAGGCUUUGGGUUGCCCCCUCCAUCUCUGCCCCACUCUGGAUUUUGCAUACAGCCUCAUACAGUGCAAACAAGGAUGUGACUUGCUCAGCUUAGUCAUGUGAUUUAUUAAAAAAAAAAAAAAAGAAAGAAAGAAACACAAAACGAUGAUCUUCUACUCAGGGUAUAGCAAAACAAAAAAAUUCCCUUUCCACCAAAAAGCCUGAAAUGUUGCAAUAAGUUAUCUCAUUUGGAAUGUUUCAUUAAGUUGUGUUAUAGGAAAAAAUUGUGUGUGUGUGUUAUAGAAUUAUAUCCAUAUGUCUGCCUUUGGCUCCAAGUCAUUGCCUCUUAAAAUAAAAGAUACAAUCCAUACUAGCAUGAAAAGUUUCUCUCAACAGGCUAUAUUAACAUAGUCAUGAGUGCUGACCAAACUCACCGAGCUCAGAGGCCAGGCAUGGCCUGAGGUGCAGAAUAGGCCUCUGCCUCCCAAGAGCCCUUUCCUUGCCCUGAGCAAGGAGUGGUGUUCCACAAACAAGGCUGCUCUUCUAAGCCGACAGUGUCAGGCAGGAAGCAGCCAUAAUUUUGCCUUGCAUUUUCAUUCCCUAAUGUAAAGGGAUCUGCAUUGGUCACUCUCCUGUUCUCUGAGCCAUUGCUCAGGGCCAGCCAAGACAUUAUUGAGAACAGAUAAUUUACCUUGGAGCCAGAGGCCCUCCCUGCCUUUAGCAAGGAUGUUCAGGGACAGACAAAGAGGGCAGUGGUGGUGAAUGUUGUUACUGCCAUGAGGAGAAAUGGCAGUAAGAAAUCUUAACUACAAGCAGCCAAUUUCUCAUUCCAGGACCCUAGCCAGAAUAAUUGACUUCUUUUUUUUUUUUUUUUUUUUUUUUUUUUGAGACAGAGUUUUGCUUUCGUUGCCCAGGCUGGAGUGCAGUGGCGCGAUCUUGGCUCACCACAACCUCCGCUUCCCAGGUUCAAGCAAUUCUGCCUCAGCCUCUUGAGUAGCUGGGAUUACAGGCAUGCGCCACCACGCCUGGCUAAUUUUGUAUUUUUAGUAGAGAUGGGGUUUCUCCACGUUGGUCAGGCUGGUCUCAAACUCCCAACGUCAGGUGAUCCUCCCGCCUCAGUCUCCCAAAGUGCUGGGAUUACAGGUGUGAGCCACCAUGCCUGGUCUAGGGAAUUGACUUCUUUUGACCUUCUGCACUCCCUUCCCCAAAAGGACUGUGGCUUCUGGUGACCAUUGACCUCAGCAGAAGUUGAUAAGGCAGGAGGAAUUUCCUAUUAACACAGUGGGUUAGUCCUCCUGGAAAACCAUCUGCUGAGCAUGAGUUGUCCUUGGCUGUCUCUGGGCCUCGCACCCAUGGGAAGUUUUGAGGUAGGGCCCUUGCUGUUUACAACUUCUGAGAGAGUAGUGAUGGGACCCCAAAGUAAGCUUGUAUCAGAGGGCAGUAAUGACCUUCCCAUAUCCCCAUCUUGUGGUCACCUGGGAUUUGGGUUCCCUGGGAGCGGAAGUGGGAAAUAGGAGCCCAGGGAAGGACAUUUGAAGCACCCACGGUUUAAAUAGCGACUCUUCCUGGUUAGCCAGGGCUGUGCUCAUGUUGGGCCCUACCCAGGUCAGUGGCCUUUUCACUCUCAAAGAUCGGGGGUGAUGAAGCAGCAUCUUAAACAGUGUUUAGGCUGACAGAUUUUUCCAGUUGAAGAAGCUGAAGUAUCUGCCUUUUGAGGGUGACUCUAGAUUACAAGAGAGACUAUCAGAUCCAAUCAGCUUUUGAAAAAUCAGGAAGUGCUUAAAAUGCCAGUGAGUGGUUGUGAAGAUCAGGUUUAUUUCCCAGGUAGGUAGUCUUUCUUUCCCUCCUUUUCCAGUUCUCUUUUCCUACCUGUCCUUCCAUAAGCCUGGUCUCUAGUGCGGAGGACCUUGGAGAAGAGAGGGCCCCUAGCUAAGCUGGAGCCAGAAAGAACCUUCAUGGUGAGUGUGGUUUCCCAAACCUGGGAAAUGAAUCUAGGGUGAGGUUAGGGAGGAUUUGUAGAAUUCUGGCAGGUAAAAAUCAAGCUUUUUUCCUCUCCCAUAGUAAACUUGACCAUUUUCACCCUGUACGUUAUCUUCUAGCUCCUACUAACAUCUCCAAUUAGACAACCGCUUCAAAGGGUGCUUAGCAACAGGGAUUGGGGUUCAUGGACUUAGGAGGUGGUAAGGAAACUGGCUGGCACCACCAAACUGCCUUAGUGAACUUGGCCCUUCCCAGGCAGGUAGGUUGGGCAUUGAGGGAUAGUGGCCCAGUCUUUCCUGGCAGGGUCUGGCCAGUCUCAUGGGGGCACCACUAGUUUGGUGACAGAAGUGGUGUCAUUUAUUGAAUUCCACCUCCGUUUAGAAGGAGAUCAUGGUACAAAGCCCAGGAGGGGCCGGGCCUUAAGAUGUGACGAUCUCUCUGAGUAAAAGGCAAGGGGCUUCUCUUCUUCACCUCUGGGAUAGUUGGUAGAUUGGAGAGUUUUAUUUUCAGGGUCAAGGCUGUGGACUGAUGGGGAUAUUGGAGGGUGGGUGGGUUUUCCUGAGAGACUUUGUAUAAUGCUGAAUGUGUCCAGAGGGACAAGUUUGCAGAACCUCAUAUUGGUAUAUUAAAGAAAUAAUAAAAUAAAAAAGCACUUUAGGUUAUUUUAUCUUUAACCCGAUUGCUGCAAUUUCUUUUGUGUGUAUAUAUACAUAUAUAUACUUUCCACAAAGUUUUAUUUUUUGCUCAGAAUAAAAAGUUAAAUUGAGGUGUGAAAAGAAAAGCACUUACCUUGGUGCAAUAUGUGUAGCUUGAUGGUCGUUGUCCCAUGUGGCCCUGGCCUGGCCGCGUUUUUCCGCUCAAUCAGCCCUGUGCUAUGAGGCUGUCCAUAGGGAAACACUAUUAUGCAUUCUCAGCAACCGCUCAAUCUAUGCAAGCCUUCCCUGUGUGCCCCAGGGCGCCCCCUCAGGCUCUCUGAAGAACUGCUGUGGGUCCUGUUUUCUGCUGACUGUUGAGGCCCUUUUUCAUCACUUCUUGGUCUCUCGCCAUCUUUUCCCUCUUCACCAUUACAAAAUGAUGCCUGAAAGGAAGGAACAGAUUGUUCCUAGGUAGAAACCUGGCACCUUCUAGACUUUUAUAUUUGUAAUCACAUCCAUUGUCCUUAAAGACUUUUCCAGAGUCAUUGAAACCAUUGAUUUGUGGAACUGCAACAGUAUUUCUCAAGAGUUUACAAUUGUCUUACACCACCAAUCAGAAAUAUGUUUGGGGAGGCAUGGGUGGCAGGGGGCAACAUGAGCCAUUUCCAUACUGCUCCUCAUACUACCUGUGUUGGUUCCUUAAGCAAAAAGGCCUCCAGCCUUCAUUAAAUCCUAUAAACAAACAUUAAAUCCCAUGAAUCAUUAUCAACUUUCUUCCUUUACUCCACCUCCCCCAUUUUAUCUUCAAUUCUCAGGCUAUAGAAUAGACAAGUUUUAAAAUAUACUUCAGCCAAAGCAGAAAGAUUUUCAUAGAUCCAAUAUGCAAACAGUUCUGCUGUGACAUAGAUCAGAAAUUGUCUGUUCCUUAAUAUUUGGAGGUGGAGGCAAUAAAACUGAAGCAUAUUUCUGAUUGGUUAGCCAUUUUGGCCUGUUUCCUCUUGCAUGUUUUUUAGGGAGAGAGGGAAAGGGUCCUGUAUUUCUUCUGAUGCCCUUAGGGGAAGCCGACGACCACUGGGCAUUUCUCACUGUUACUCCUGUUCAAGAGAGGGCUUCUCAGUCUGCACUGAAAAAUGCAAAUUAAACUGGAUCUUUAUGUCAAUGUGUACAUAGUACAAGCUUUUUUACUGGAAUUGAGGUUUAAAACCACACACUGCCCUUUUGGUGGUGUGCCUGUUGGGCCAAAAAUUGGGUGAUAAUGUAGUGUCACUUUCUCAGCUCAAUGCAGUUUCUACUUUUUCUUAUGGGAAAAUUUUUCAUAAAACCUUUUUGCACCAAAACCCAGGAGUGUUUUUUGCAAUAUCCUUGUUAUCCUCGUAGUGUGCCAAGUCAGAGGCUUUCUCUUGCCCUUUUCCUGCUGUGUUCUCAGGCCUCCCAAGGGCUGUUUGACUCAACAGUUUACAUCCUUCGUUGUGUUUUGGAGAAUGUGGGGGUGGGUCAGAGUUCAAGGUGUCUGUUCCCUUUUCCUGUGAACUCUUCCUAGUCCCUAUUUGGGGAAGGUGGCUGGAAACAGAUUUUUGCUGAAUUUCUGGCUCAGAUCUUCUAGCCAGGAAAGGCAAGAGCCCCCAAGAGCCCUUUUUUUUUUGACAUACACUAAUCAUUGGCCGGGGUCUUGGUGACAACUUUUAAAAUCCCAAAUCGUUUUUUUGGAUUAUAUAAAAGUAAGUGUGAAACAUGGGAACAACGGACUUCCACUGAGCGAUGUGAAAACGUUACAGGUUCAGUACUUCCAAAGGAAGAAACCUCCAAACCCAAAAAAGAAUAAAUACGAAUUUGUAUUUUUGAAGAAUGUGAAAUAAUGGUGUUUGCUUAAUUGCUCAUUUUGUAUAAACUUAAUAUUGUACUUUAAAAUAUCUGCUAAAAAGUGAAAAUUUAACUUUUUGGAAUUGAAAAAGCAAUAUUAAAUACUAAUGAAAUCCUAAUUAAAUAAUUAUUUAAA